AUGGUUUUGAUCCAAUUUGACACCACCCGAGCUUUCAUAGCCAACGCUCAAACUCUCGGGCUAAAAACUUCCUCUAUGAGCCGAAGAGCAUGCUCUCGAUUCUUUGUGGAUCUCAAAGCAGGACACACAUCUUUUACUCUUGAACUAUCUUCCUUGCCCUUAUCUCUUCACCCGACACCCCUUCAACAGCUUUGUCGGGAUAUGAGAGGAGUCAAGAGUGCGAAGUUGGGGGGAAAAAACGGGAUUAUCGUAAGGCGAGAUCCAUGGGAUGAGAGCGGUAGGGGGGUUACUGGAAAUUUUGCUAGCAAAUGGGCGUGGGUCAUUAGAGGCUGUGAGAGAUUAUUUAAGUCGACUGAUUACUGGAGGCGCUUGAGGGAGAAGACGCCGCUUUUCGAGGGGGAUGGGACUAAGAACGAAGAGUAUUGUGGGGUGGUUGAAGAAGUCUUUUGA